ACAACCCAAACAAUGUAUUCCAACAUGGUGGCAAUGUGGUACACAGUUUGAAAAUGCAGGCCGUGUCAUGCUUUGAAAAAAAUCAUUUUAAGCGUGAAUUUGUUGGAAAAUGUCGGACCCUAAACGUGCUACUAUUAUAACAGUGGGUGCUACAAAAAGUGUAAAGAAUAAUGUGAAUAAAACAGUGAGAUUAGCUAUAAAUCUGGACGAAAGCAACGAAAGUAAAUAUCCUGAGCUGAAUUACAAGGAACUAGUCAUAGCAGCAGCAAAAAAGAAAAGAAUAGAAAAUGGAAAGACUGCUGGGCUGGACCCAUUCUCAGAUAAUGAUGAUGAUGUGGAAAGAGUGGCAAGGAAAUUUGAACAAAAAUAUGGUGGAAAUAGCACAUAUGGAAGAAAAGGCAGAUCAAAAUAUGAAGAGUUUGCUGACAUUGGUGCAGGUUAUGAUGAGAAUGAUUCCUUCAUUGAUAAUACACACGGAUAUGACGAGAUGAUUCCACCAGAAUGUGACACACUAUAUGGAGGGUUUUACAUAAACAGUGGGUCAUUGGAGUUCAAGACUGUCCCAGAGAAUCAAACCCCAAACUCUGAUGGUGAUGUCAGACGGAAUAAGAGACGACUUUCUUCAAGCAGUAGUGAGGAGGAAUCGUCAGACAGUUCAACUAACUCGGACAGUCAAGAUGUGAAGGAAAAUAAAACGGUUCCAAAUGGAACCACAGACUCACACAAAACCGAACACCGAAAGAAAAAAGUAAAAAAGACUGAAAAGAAGAAAUCAAUUGUCAGUCAGUCUGACACAACAGCACCCACCUCGGGGAAACAAACUUCAGAUGAGGCAUGUCCUGAAGGUUCAAGUACUUCACAAUCAGACUCUCUGACUUCAAAGCCUGCACCAAGUUCUGAAAAUCUCAUCACAUCGGAUAGCUCCAGGGAAACGGAGGCGAAGUUCGAAGUGAAAUUGCCACAAAUUGUGAGUGAAGCGUUGGAGAAGGUUCAGUUGCUGAGUCGAGAGAAGGAUAAUCCCGGGAAGGACCUGAAGGGCAAGACUGAUCAGUGUAUAUUGAGACUGGAGCAGAGCCUGAACAAGUGCGGAGCUACGAGCCGCGUGCGCCGCGAGGCCUGGAGCGCGGCAGGGGGGCUGCUCGGCUGCUCACGGGCAGCCCUCUUGCAGCGGACCAGGAAACUCUCCGGCCAAGCUUCCAACCAGAGCCAAUCCAGUUCAGCCCAGCCCGUUACAACUCCAGCCCCGACCCCAGCUCCAACUCCAGCUCCAACUCCAGCCACAGCCACAGCCCCAGCCGCAGUGACCGUCUCCAGAGUCAGUGUUGCCGUGAAGAGAAAAGCGGAAGACAGAACUCUUACAGAAGACUUCAGCCGACUCUCACCUGAAGAGAAGGAGGCCGAGAUUGUAGAGACGUUGCGCAGAUUAAAAGCGCUCAUAGACGAAAGGAAGCCGGACAUGAUAGCCACGUAUAAUGCGGAAUGUGAACGCGUUCAGGAAGAAAGGAAAAAGCUCCAAAUAGCGUCGGCCGAGGGCGUGCCCCACGUGGACAAACGUCUCCCCAAGCGCCGCUUCCCCUGGUGCCCCAUGAGCCGGGCCCUUCUGGGGAGGCUGGGCCAGCUCGCGGGCAGCCCGGCCGAGGCGGCCUCGCUCCUGGCCAAACGCGCUCUGCCUCUCUUCCCGGCGGGAUUCGUCAGGAUGCCCACUCUGUUGCGGCAGGCCGACCUGAACAAGGACAUCAAAGCGACGGACCUGAAACGCCAGACGUUCAGUUCCACAUCUCAGUCCCAACCGGUUCAGAUGUUCAGUGAGCCCAUUCAGUUCCCUAGCUCGCUCACAGUCACGACCACAAUCAAACCCAUAGAGAAACCGGAGAGGAAGGCGGUCCCGGUUCAGGUCAAUGACAAAAAGGAAUCGUCGAGCGCGAAGAAGAAGGAAGCCCUCAUUCGGGUGAAGUCUCCCGCCGCCCUCAACGACAUGGUCAAGAAGGACGAGGUCACCCAGAAACAGAUAGAGAGCAUGAAGACGCUGGAGAACAAUAUCCCGCAUCCGAUUUUAAUACCCGUGAACUUUGCGAAACCGGACAAGAGACCGCCGGAGAAGAAGAAGAAGGAAGUGCUGAUCGUCUCCGAUGUGGAUCCCCUGGGCGAGGCUCGGGACGACAGCAGUAGUGAUAUAGAGGUGAUCGAGGACAAAGUGACCGAAGAGAAGUGUAGUGUUAGUGAAAGUGACAAAGUGCCUUCGGAUAAAGUGAAAGGUGUGGAGUUUACCAAGCAAGAGUUUGAGUUGCUCAUGAAGGAUUUGCAGGAGAUGGAGAAUUCACAAGAGCAGAAAAAAGUAAACUUCAAUUCCUUUGGUGGUGUGAUAACAAAUGCCAAGAACGAGUCUUCCAAGCAAUUCAACGGGACUGUAUUCGAUUCGGAAAAUAAAAAUAAAUUCGCAGAACGAACUUCUUUCAAAGAAAUAGAUGGAUGUAACACUGUUAAUGGUUGACUACGUGAGGAUAUAACAUAUAGUCUUAAUUAUGUAUAAUGCGUGAACUGCUCGCGUAAGAUUUCAGGAACAUAUAUACACUUCUGUUCGAUGACUAUGGAAUGUAACUUGGGUCAAACCAAGCAUUGAACACUGAAGUGUUUACCCAGCCCAGAUUUGUUUACCCUAAUUUUCGAUGGUUUUCAGAAGAAAAAUCAUGACGUUACGCUUUCCUCAAUCCCUGUUAAUUUCUCUUUAAGAUCUAUUUUUGAUUUCACUAACAGUAUAAUUAUUUGUAAUAAAAAUGUUGAAUUUCUCUGCUCAGUUGUUGCUAUCUCUAAAGACCUUUAAGAAUAAAAUCUUACUAGUGUUUUCAUUUAAAAUAUAUUUGAUUGUGUAAUUCAAUGUAAGUUUUGGCGAAAAUAUAUAAUUAAGUUCCUAUAUCAAAGUAAUUAUGAAGUGACGAUUUUAUUUUAGUGUUUUUUUUUUAUAUACUUUAACUCCUUGGUCAAAAUGACAUGGGACAAAUAUUUUAGAAAACUUUCUCGAUGCUGUAGAGGCACUGAAGUAUUAAAAAUUCCGUUAGUACAGUGGUUUCCGGCUUGAAGGACCAAAAAACCGAAAUUGGCAGUCUAUCGAUACAAGUUGCUAUUAUUUUUAGAUUAUUAAUAAAUUUAUUUUCGCCACUAAUUUGAAGUGUUAGUAAGAAUUUUUUUAUCAGACUUAUCGUUGAACUUUGGCAAUCUUAUAAAUCAAUGACGAAACUAAAAAAAAUAUCGAAUUUUGGUUUUUGCUUGGUUUGUAUAUUAUACACUAUAUGAUAUAGUCAUGACUCAUGAUAAUCAACAAGGACUGCCUAUAGAAAUGUGGUUGCCAAUCAUAAAAACUUAAAUUUAUUUUUUAAUGUAUGAUCUUUUUGUGUCAUUUAUCACAAGAGACAUUUAAGUUAGUCUAUAGGCUGUUCCAUCAUAUUUAAAAAUCAAGAAAUGUUAAGAAAUUCAAAAAUAUUUUUUCGUAUCGUUACAGCAUAUAUGUUCAGUAAUUAGUGGCCUAAACACUGCCAUUGUUGUAAUCAUUUAAUGAGUAUUAUUCCAAUUUGUAUUGAACGAAUUUUACUAAUUUUAAUGGAUUUGAUUUAUUUAAAUGUGUUUACAUGGGGUAUCUACCUGAUGUAUUCCCAGAUACAGCGGUAAUGGAAAAUCACAUCCAUAUCACAAACCCUUUGAUCCCCUCAACUUGAGUCUAGAGAUAUUUCUUCGUUUGUUUAAACUACGUUCCAUGUUUUUCAUGUCAUAUAUGAAAAUUCUUUGUGAACACAUUUAAGCAAAAUUAAAUAUUGGAUGAGAAAAAGUUAAAUUGGAUUCAAAUUGUACAAAUAUUGUAGUGACUUAGAUUGUGAUUAGAAUGUGUCUUUGGCCACGAUGAAAGAUGGAAAUCUACUUGCCCUGAAUGGCUUAACAAGAGGGAAUGCAUAAUGAUUUUUUUAUAAUUAAUAAAACAAUUUAAUAAUCAAAUAUUAAAUACACUUGUACUGUACUGCAGUCUGAACAAUGAAUUGAAUCUAUAUUUCUAGUCUAUGGCAGAUAUUAAACAGUUUCGAUAUGUCAACGUUGUCGUCAGUAUGAAGUUGAUAGUCGGAUUUUGGCUUUCCUUAUUCUUUUUUUCUGUAAAAACGAUGUUGUGACUGAAUGGCACUUUUGACAGUUGACAGAUUAACGUGGCCAAUGUGACAAGUAGACGAUCUUGUAAAUGUUUGCUAUCAGAUAGUCAAAUAUAUAAAUAGUUGAUAAUGCUUAUUGUAUAAUAGUUUAGCCCUACUAAAUUAUUUCUCUCCGCAACCCCCUGAAAAGAGUAUAUAUAAAAAAAUCUAUGAAUUAUCCGACUCUGUUGUCUCCUUCUAUUCGUAUUGUGGACAAGGAUAGCUAUAGCUUAUAAAGGUAUAGCCGUCCUUGUCGUAAUCGUUAUAAGUUGGACACUAGUCUAGAGAUGGAAAGGGCAAAAUUAUUUUUGCAAUCAAAUGUUUUCGUGUACAUUUAUAAAUUCCAAAUUAUGUCCAAUGUAUGAAUAAAUAUUUAUAAUGA